AUGGGAGGCAACCCGAAGGGGUACGACGAUGAGCAUAGGAGCUCUGUUACUGGCGUAUCAAAUAGUGGUCACGAUGUGUUGCCGACAUCAAGUCGAAAGAUUACCAUGUCCCCGUCGCGUGUAGGCUCGGAAGAGUCUGUCGGUGGCAUGAAGAGGACAGAUUCGCUUGCCAGUUUGCGUGUGUUGGCCCAGCUCAUUGAUGGGCGUACGGGGUACUUUGAGGAGGCGCGAAUGAGUGAGAGUGCGCUUGCUGACAUCAAGAAUGCUGGAGUGCGUGAAUUUUACACGCAGCAAAAUGAGCACCUGGAUGGCUGGCGCGAGGUCGAUGAGGUGCUCGAGAGUCAGUUCCCGACUGAAGUUAUGCGGCGCUUUGUCGUACCUCAACAUAUAGUGGCAGCUGAAGGCGCUGCGGGAGAUACUCACAAUGAUCGAAUGGCCGACGAUAUCGACGAUGCCAUCAUCACGGAUGAUGAGGGUGAAUCAUUAAGUGUACAUCCUUUUUCAUAUCACGCUGGGCGUCGUGGACGCGGCAUUAGUGAGCGUGCGAUGACCUCGAUUUCAGGCAUGCUAACCAAGGAAAGAAUGGCCAUGCGUGGUAACUCGUGUGCCGAACUGGCAGCGGAGAGUCUGCAGGACCUAUCGACGUCGAUACAGCUCUCUGAGGCCAAUCGCGAGCAUAAGAGUCUCGCUGACCUACUUGAGAGGCCUGACAUGGACUUUUCGAGAGAUGACAGCCCUUAUCUACGAUUUGAGCGCAAGUCACAGAACAAAACUCGUCGGAACAGGUCGCUCCUGCGAAAAAUGCUUUCAGAGCACCCUGUGAUGGACGAGCAUGCACCGAGCACUUCUCAUCCGAAGCUGGUAGAGCAGUUUAACUAUGGCUCGGUGUCGUCGACUCUGCCUUCGUCUUCCUCAACUACCAAACCAGCGAGCAUGGCUGUGUGGACCAAGGCUGACCAUGAGCGUGAUCAGCUCUUGCAAAAUGUCCCUACGCAUCAGAGAAAGCAAGAUUCAGAUGCUCUAGUCAGAUUUUACAUCAAUAUCAACCUACUCCUAAAUUUGUUACUAGUGGUUGGAAAGAUUGUGGCGGUGUGGUCGUCCAACUCCGUGUCGCUGUUGGCUAGUUUGGUCGACAGUGUACUGGAUUUGCUGUGUACGAUUGUCAUCUUUGUCAUGUCUCGAGCCACGGCGUAUCGCAGCUGGCACACGUUUUACAAGUAUCCUGUGGGAAAGCGACGCUUGGAGCCACUGGGCGUGCUUAUCUUUAGUGUGUUGAUGGUCGUGUCGUUUUUGCAGGUGCUGCUAGAGUCAGUCAGUCGACUGUGGGACAUGUGGCUUGGACGCUCUUCCGAGAAAGAUUUGACGCUCCCCAUGGUGGGCAUUGUCUUUAUGGUGAUGACAAUUGUGACCAAAACGAUCAUGUGGAUGCUAUGCCGUUCCCACAAGAACUCGAGUAUGCAUGCGAUCGCGCAAGAUUCGGAAAAUGAUGCCAUGUUUAAUAUGAUCUCGCUGAUUUUUCCUAUCUUAGGACAGUAUCUUGGACUUGGCAUACUCGACCCUAUCGGUGGCGCGGGUCUGUCGAUCUACAUCAUCUCCGAGUGGGUCUCCACGUUGGCAGAUACGACUGACAAGCUCACUGGCAAAGUGGCCAGUGCCCAAGACGCAGGCAGGUGUUUGUAUUUGGUGUCGCGAUUCUCGCUUGUGAAGGCCAUUUCAGGCUUUGAGAUGUACCAUGUGGGUGACACCAUGGUGGCCGAAGUGGAUGUCGUACUUCCCAUGAGCUUCAAGCUAAAGGAAGCGCAUGAUCUCGGUGAAAUCAUCACAUAUUGCAUCGAAAGUCUGACGGGAAUCGAGCGAGCUUACAUCCACUUGGACUACAAUCCUAGUGGGCAGUCAGGUCACAUUGGCCAACGCGGCUAA